AUGCUGGCUCAAGGCCAACAUUUCGUAGAAAUUUACUUGAUGGCAGAACACAUGUACAAUCUUGGCACUCAGAUCUUCGACAGUUGGGGCAUCGGGUUCAGAGAGAAGGGGCAAGAUUUGAGCAGCGGGGUUGAUGGGGCUCUGGAUGCGGCGGUGGAAAAUGCCCGGCGGCGGCGGCUGAAGAGAUGCCCGGCGGCGGUGACGGAAGAGAUGCCGAGCGGCGGGGGCAGUGGGAUUUCAGGAGGCGGCGAAAGCAGCUCGGUCGCAGCCGACUACAGACUCCGGUGGCUGCUGAUAGAGAGGUCGUGGUGUGGCGGAUUUGCUGAGCGAACUGUGAGCAGGAGAGAAGAGAAGAUGGACGAGGGGAACCUGAGAAGCUGGCGUCGGAUUGAUCCCGGUGACCCCGCAGCCCGCGCCCCGCUUUUUACCUCGCGCUGUGCCGUGCUGUCUCUGAGACGUGGGCCUUCCCAGCAAUUAGGUGCACGCCAAAUUCCAGCGCACGCUAUAGAGGGGAAAAAAUACUUUGGCCAUUAG